AAACAGAAACACGAAGUUGGCAGAGACACCUCUCCAUAUACGGCUGCGCCUGCCAAGACGUCCGCCGCUAUUUAUAUCGCGCGGCGGCUCGAUAUUUCUCCUCAAACAUCCCCCCUUGAUUAGGAGGAGAAAAUUCUUGGCGUUUUCCUGCCGCUGAAGAGGACUGGUGAGGCUGUGCACGAGAAAGACGCUGCAAAAUGGCAAGCAGAAAGGCCAAGAAGAAGGCAGGACCGAAGCAGCGCGCUGCUCGUGCCACCUCCAAUGUCUUCGCUCACUUCGACCAAAGCCAGAUCCAGGAAUUCAAGGAGGCGUUUCUUGUGAUUGACGCUAACAAAAACGGUGUUGUGGACAAGAGCGACCUAAAAACGACUUGGACAACACUGGGGAAGUCAGUUACUGACAAGGAUCUUGACGCCAUGAUUGGCCAGGCCACCGGUCCCAUCAACUUCACCAUGUUCAUGACACUCUUCGGCGGUAAACUUCAAGGUUCGGACAAGGAGGAAGUUCUGUUAGAAGCGUUCGAAAACUUAGACGCAGCAGGAACGGGGAUACAUAAAGACGGCUUCAUCACCCUCGUCUCGACUGCUGGGGAGAAGCCGUUCACCAAGGAAGAGGUGGCGGAGACGCUGAAGGUGCUGCCCCUGGACGACAAGGGAAACAUCAAGUACAAUGAGUUCGUCCGGAUUCUGAAGGGAGGAGAGUAACAGGCUCACGGCACGAGAGGGACGCAGGGAGCUAGAAGAAGGAAGAUAAGAACUGUUAUCGUUUGUGAGAAGUUUUAUGCCAAUUCUAGACCAGUCAGAUCGUUUUUAGUUCUGAGGUUCGCUAUGCUGAGACAUCAUUGUUCAAAGAACCAAACAAAUUCUGUUUCGUUGACAGCUGGUGAUAAAAAAUUACGCCAGACGCUAUAGCAGUGUCCUUACGUACUGGAAAACCAUGUAUGGGGUAUAAUCAACCCUGAGGGGCUUGAUUUCAAACAUUUUUGUGUCCUUUAGCAUCUGUCGCCUUUAAGAUAACAUGAGGUUUAUUGAGAUAUCCGAAUUGUUUUCUUGUACCCUAGCGACACAGACGUGAUCUGAUGUAGAUAAACUGGUGUAAUUUGCAGUUUGUUUAAGUUGAACACCACAUUGUCUUACUCGUCAUUUGCAGACGAGAGCGUUGUCAUGGAAGUCAAAUAAACCCUUUGAUAUUUAGUGGGCACCUUGAGAGUUGUUAUCACGUUGUAUAAGUUUGAAUUUCUCAAAGUUUACAUCAAAUCCGUGGUGAAAUAGAAGUCGAAAUAAUCUAUGAAACUGAGAUAAGGCAUGGUGACGCCAAUGGCGUCAGUGUGUUAAGAUCAAAUGACAACAACGCCAUCACGUAAUUAUCACCGAGUUGUCGUCUACAUGAUACCUGGAGCAUGAUUGUUACCUGCGGUAUCAUCCUCGACUCAUCACAUUAGAAAGAAUAAAACCACGAUCAUUUUA